CUGUGUCAUCAAUUGGACAUGAGCAGUAGUGAGAGCUCAAUACAUGCAGGUAAGGUGUGUUGCGCAUGUUCUUGCGCUUGUUGUCAAAGAUGUUGUGUUGUUGUAUCACAAGUCAGUUGGAAGGAUCAGAUCAGUUAUCAAGUUUGUUACCGGUUCUCCCUCUAGGUUGGCCAAAUUCAAAGAAUGUGCUGCUCUCGAGAAGAUUGAUUGUAAGAAGAUGGUUUUCCUUGAUGUGAAGACCAGGUGGAAUGCUACGUAUCUGAUGCUUGAAGCUGCCAUUCCAUAUGAAAAGGUAUUUAAGAGGUUAGAAAGGGAGGACAAGAGCUUUCGUUCUAAGUAUAUUUUCAAAGAAUCUGAAAGUGAAGCUUUACCUAAUACCGAUGAUGAUACUGUUGUAAUUGAUAAUGAAGAUUAUUAUCUUAGUUCAUCUAGUGAAUCUGAAUGUGAGGUAGAUAUAUCUAGAAAGAAUAAUAUUAAGAAAAAGAACAAGCCCAGUCAUCAUGCUCCCUAUGCUGCAGACUGGUCAUAUGCUAGGUGUCUUGUUAAGUGUUUAAAAAUCUUCUUUGAUGUUACUGUUAAGUUCUCGGCUUCAGUUCAGGUUACUUCACAUGAAUUUCUAUGGCAGUUGGCAUUGAUCCAUGAACAGUUGGUUCGUCUUAGAGCUAUAGGAAACCGAGAUCCUCAUAUUUCAAGGAUGGCAGAAAUAAUGUUUCGGAAAUGA